AUGAAUACGGAAUGGGAAGAGGAGGAAGACGACCCAACUUACAAGGAGGAAUCCACAGUGUUUAGCAGACUUCCUCCAGAGCACGAAGCAUACAAACCAACCAAGCGCGCGGGGUAUAACCCCAAAGAAGAGCAUGAUUACACCUUGAGCUAUCGUCCUGAGGACAUGGCAGAAAAUUCAAAAUUCAUCCGAGAAAUCGCAUGCGCGGCCAUCGACAAAACAAAAUUACCACACAACGUGGGUAAAUACAACGGGUUGACGGACCCAGAUGAUCACCUCCAGGUGUUUAAGGGCGCAGGGGCAACAGGCGGAUGGAACUUACCAACAUGGUGCCAUCUGUUUGCUCAGACAUUCGUCGGCGCGGCGCGCAUUUGGUUCGACAACUUACCGGCAGGCAAAAUCAAAUCAUGGGUCGAUUUCAGAGAGAAGUUCCUAGCACACUUCUCUCAACAGAGAAGACAAGCCAGAGACCCUGGUGACUGUUUAAACAUAUGGAGAAGAGACUACGAGAGCGUAGAGGAUUUCAUCACAAGAUACAACAAAGAAUGCUUAGAGAUCGGUGACAUACUAGAAAAGAUGAUGCGCGCACACUUCAUGAGAGCGGUCAAGUGCGAUGACUUGGUUAAAAGAAUCAAAGGGCGAGACGGAGGACCCAAAGACUGGGAAACCUUCGUAGAAGCAGCCAAAACAAUUGCGCAGACAGACAGGCAGUUGACCGGUGACGAUCACCGUCAGCGCGCGCACAACCAUAACGAUCGACACAACAGAAGGGGCAGAAAUCAACCCUGGAAGGCUUCUGGGCACAGAGAAAGAAGCCCCCCACGGGAUGAUGCACGCCAUACGAUCAACCAGAUAGCCCAUCGAAAGGAAGUGAAGCGUGAAAAUAGAGAAAAGCAGUGGACUCCACUGACCAAAACACCUUCUGAAGUCUUGGCCACAGAGAACCAUCAGUUCAAACCACCCUUGCAAAUGCGCAACAAGAGAGGCCAAGACCCGAAUCUCUUCUGUGAAUUCCACAAAGAUACGGGCCACUUAACCGACGACUGUUUCAGUCUAAAGCAAGAAAUCGAGAGAGCCCUGCGAGAUGGAAAGCUCACUCAUUUGGUCAAAGGCGGAAAGCGCGACUACCGCCAAAUACAAAGAAGAGAUGAAGGACCAGAUAACAAAAAGCUCAGAAAGCUAGAAACCCACAUGGUGCAAGGAGGUCCACGAAGACCAAGGAAAAACUACAACAAGCGCGCGCAAGAUGAUUCAUGGCGCGAAAGGCAAGUUAUUUUUCCAGUUGUUAGAGGGGGUCCAAGAGAAAAGCGACCAAUAAUCAUUCCAGGUGUGGUUGGCCAUUACCAGACAGAUUACAUCUUCAUUGAUCCCGGGAGCACCGCGGAUAUUAUAUAUGAACAGUGCUUCAAUCAAUUCGAUCAAGAGGACAAGGCGCGCCUAGAGCCAGUCGACUACCCACUAACUGGUUUCUGCAACGAGGCCGUCUUUCCCCUGGGACAAAUAUCAUUUCUGGUGUUGCUAUCAGACGGGAGAAAUUCAAGAACUGAAGAAGUCACAUUCAUGGUAUUGCCGGCGCACUCAAGACAUGACAUCCUCCUGGGAAGAGAAUCCCAAGGAGAUUUCAGUAUGAUCUGCUCUGCACCACAUUCCGCUGUUGGAUUCCCUACCGAAACAGGCAUUGCACUGAUAUAUGCCACUAAGGAAGUUUUAGCAACAGACGAAAUCAGACCAGCCAAAGCAAGCAAGCCGACACCGCGCGUAGAGGCAGAGAAAUGGGUAUUAAACAGCACAUACCCAGAACAAACAGUCACUCUGGGGCCCGCCAUGUCCGACCUGACGCGCGCGGCGCUCAAGAAAUUAUUGCAUGAAAACAUGGACGUGUUCGCCUGGACACCGGCUGAUAUGGUUGGUGUCCCACGACAUAUAGCAGAACACCGUCUAAACGUCUCCGAAGAUGCAAAACCAGUGGUACAUGCCAAACGACACCUUGGCGACAUCAAACACGAUGCUAUGAAAGAACAAGUGUUGGAGUUGCUAAACGCAUGGAUCAUCAGGGAAGUCCGGUACCAAACAUGGGUAGCAAGCCCAGUAAUGGUAAAGAAACCGAAUGGUAGUUGGAGAAUGUGUGUCGACUACAAGGAUCUGAACAAAGCAUGUCCCCGUGACUGCUACGCUUUACCAGACAUAGACGAGAAAAUAGAUUCUGUGGCAACAUUUCGGUGGAAAUGUUUUCUGGAUUGCUACAAGGGGUACCACCAGGUUCAAAUGGCCGUUCAAGACGAGGAUAAAACCGCAUUCCGCACACCAACGGGGCUGUAUUGUUACACAAAGAUGCCGUUCGGCUUAAAGAAUGCAGGCGCAACAUACCAAAGGCUGAUGAACGAAACAUUUAGUGACGCAAUUGGUAAGUACAUAGAAGUGUACAUGGAUGAUCUGGUAAUCAUGAGCAAGGAAGAGAGCGCGAUGCUGGCAAAUAUCCAAAAGACCUUCAACACGCUGCGCAACGUAAGUAUCAAACAAAACCCAGCAAAGUGCUCGUUCGGAAUGGAAGAAGGGAAGUGCUUGGGCUUUAUAGUCACAAAAGACGGCUUCAAGGUAAAUCCAGAGAAGGUCCAAGCCAUAGAAAGAAUGCCUUCACCGUCAAACAUCAAAGACAUGCAGAAGCUGGCAGGACGAUUAGCAGCACUCAAUCGUUUUCUAGCUAACCAUGCUGCAAAAUCCUUCCCAUUCAUCAAGACCUUGCGCAACUGCAUGAAGAAAAGCCAGUUCCAAUGGACUCCGGAAGCAGAAAGCGCAUUCCGCGAGAUGAAAGACUGUCUCAUCAAGCUACCAACGCUAACCGCACCAAACAAAGGAGAACCUUUGGUACUUUACCUCUCAGCUUCCGAUAGGGCAGUCGGGGCCGUACUGCUCGUUGAUCGUCAAGGUGUCCAAACGCCUGUAUAUUACGUGUCUCGAACCUUGACCGACCCUGAAACCAGAUACGCAAUCAUGGAGAAGCUUGUCCUUGCACUGAUCCACGCGUCAAGAAGGUUGCGCAGAUAUUUCGCUAAUCACGUCAUCCACGUGCUAACAAACUACAAUAUCGGAAAUAUCCUAGCAAGGCCAGAAAUAUCGGGAAGGUUGGCCAAAUGGGCAAUAGAGCUAGGGGGACACAAUGUGGUUUUCAGACCACGUCCAUCGAUCAAGGGCCAAGUCUUGGCAGAUUUUAUGACAGAAGUCCCAGAUGACAAAGACAGAGAAUGUAAGGCGAUGGAGAAAGCUGAGAAAAAACAAACAGAAGAGCCAUGGCUACUGUACACAGAUGGUGCAUCUAACGAAGAUGGGGCAGGCGCAGGGCUAAGGCUAGUAAGCCCUGACAAACACGAGUUCACAUACACCAUACGCCUAGACUUCAAAAGCACAAACAAUGAAGCGGAGUACGAAGCCUUCCUGGCCGGCUUGCGUUUGGCAAUCAAAAUGGGGGUCCGACACAUCGAAGCACACGUGGACUCCAUGUUAGUAGCAGGCCAAAUCAACGGCCAGUAUGAAGCCAAGGGCGACAUAAUGGCACUCUAUCUCAACCAAGCGAAGACGUUGCUACAAACCUUCUAUUCCUACAAGGUGCAUCACAUAAACCGCAGCGAAAACAAGCCGGCAGAUGCUUUAAGCAAGCUUGCGUCGACAAGUUUCCAGCACCUAGCAAAGGAUGUGCGCAUAGAAGUUUUGAGCAACCCAUCUGUUCCACUCAGAGAAGUAAGCGUCAUCCAAACAGGAACCACGUCCUGGAUGACACCCAUAAUCAUGUACUUACAGUCCGGGAUACUUCCAGAAAACAAAGCUGAGGCGCGAAAGAUCCAAUACAAAUCAGAACAUUAUCAGAUGGCAGACGGGAUACUGUAUCGGAAGUCAUAUCUCGGCCCGCUGCUAAGAUGUGUUGACGCCGACGACGCGAAUUAUCUGAUCCGGGAAGUACAUCAAGGCAUUUGUGGUAUCCAUGCCGGGCCGCGAAUGGUAGUGGCAAAAGUAAUGAAUACCGGAUACUACUGGCCCGGGAUGCAUCUUGAUGCCGUGAAAGAAUUGAGAAAAUGCAGUGGCUGCCAGAGGCACGCGCCAAAGACCAUGCGCCCCAAGAACGAACUGGUGCCAGUAACGACCGCAUGGCCUUUUCAACAAUGGGGCAUAGACAUGGUAGGCCCUUUCCCAGAAGCUCCGGGGGCAGUCAAGUUUAUAAUAGUCGCGGUUGAUUACUUCACCAAGUGGGUAGAAGCAAAAGCCCUCGCAUCAACCACAUCGGCAGUCGUUAAACGAUUCAUAUGGGAGCAAAUCAUAUGCCGGUUCGGCUUACCCCUCAGAAUCAUCACCGACAAUGGAACAAACUUUGCAGCAGAUGAUCUCGAACGAUGGUUCAAAGAACUGAACAUCGAACAUACCUUCUCUUCGGUUGCUCACCCGCAAGGGAACGGUCAAGUCGAAGCAGUCAACAAGAGCAUCGUCGAUGGCAUAAAGGCAAGGCUCGGUGAAAAACGACGAGGUUGGAUCGAUGAACUACCCAGCAUACUAUGGGCCCAUAGAACAAUGCCAAAAACAAGCAACGAAGAAAGGAGGAUCGACCUGGAUCUCCUAGAAGAACGGAGAGAGAUGGCAGCAAUCAAUGAAGCCAAAUACAAAUCAAAGCUCGAAAAGUAUUACAACUCCAGAGUCCGAAUCUGCACAUUCAACCCAGGAGAUUAUGUCCUAAGAGACAAUGAAGCAUCCAACGCGGAGAAACCAGGAAAACUGGCUCCCAAAUGGGAAGGCACAUACAUCAUUGACGAAGUACUCGGCAAGGGAGCCUACAAACUACGCACCAUCAACGACAAAGAGGUUCCACGAACCUGGAAUGCCCAGCAACUCCGAAAGUGCUACAUGUAA